AUGGUCCAAACGAUUGCUAGUACUCAAGACUGCUACUAUGGGUUGCAGUGUAAUAACAUUUGGGAUCGCGAGGAAAAUUUGGUGAAAGAGCUUACAGAGACUAUCACCAACUAUGAUUUCCCGCAACUUCAUAAGUCUUAUUUCAGUGAUAAAAGUAGAAGAUCGCCAAUCACAUGUAGUCAAUUAACAUGGUCUUAUGAUGGCACCUCCAUAUGUGGUGUAUUUGACGAUUUGGGGGUCCGUCAAUUUCUCAUACCGGAAAAUAAACUGGAAGGGUAUUGGGUUCCCUUUACUCGAUGGUUCAUUAAUACACCCAUAGUUUGUUCUUCAAUCUUGCCGAGCUAUUCUCUAUAUCAUAAUGACCCUUCUAAACAGGCUAUUUUAUGUUCUUCUCGAGAUCUACCGAUAAGGUUGUACUCUCUGCAACCAGAGAGUAAUAACAAGACAAGUCUGCAACAUUACUCCACACUAAAUGAGGAGAAUGAAACCUUUGAGACACCGUAUGCAAUGGCUGUGCAAGAUGAUGAAUCGGGCUUCUUAACAGGUUCUGUGCGGAAUAGAAUAUGUUUGUACGAUUUCAAUCGAUACCAUCCAAUUUGGCAGCAUCAGUGGACGAAAAGUUCCUGCGGUAAGUCUUCGCAUAAAGCUAUAGUUUCUUGUUUUGAUGAGUACAACGAGUGUCACAACCAUAUAAGAUAUGCUGGAACAUACAAAACGGAAGUACUUCGUAUUGACACUAGAAUCAAAAACUUCGAACUUGUUUCUGAGAGAGAUCCAUCCGACUCAUGGUCGAACGGAAUUUAUCAAAUUAUAAAGUCUGACAAUGGCCAUUAUAUAUAUUGCAUGAAGCGUAAUGCGAAAGAAAUCGAUGUCCUUGAUACUCGGAAGCUUGGUGUUUCUUGGAAAGUAAAUACCCUUCAAUUACCAUUUAAGAUUGGAAAACAAAAAUUCAAAGCCAGCUUGAAUAAUAGUAAAGGUUUGCUUAUUGGUUCAUAUAGUGGUGAGGUCAUGUAUUGGGACAAAGAUUGUAUUGAAUUUGGAGGUUUAGAUAGAUUUGAAAGUUUCGGUACAGGAAUCAAACCAAUGGGAUCCUUUUCGAUACAUGGUGAUAACAGUACAGAAAAAGAAGAUGCGUGUAGAGUUAACUGUAUCACUACUAACCCGCUAGACCCUAAAAUUUUAGCAGUAUCAACUUCUGCUGAUAAAUUUGCAGUUGAAGACGCCGACAACUUUGAGACAUCUCUUAGACUCAUCCAGAUUCCAUAA